AUGCCUACCACCCACCUGCCGGGUCAUCUCGACAGCGUCCGCCAGAAGGCGCGCCCAAAGCACCAGCUGCUGGUCCUCAAGUGCUACCCGCGCUUGCCCAAGAACUCCACCGCCGACCUCAAUCCCAACAGCUCCGAGCUGUCGUAUCUGCUCUACUAUGGCUCGACGCGCCCCAACAAGCUGCCCAAAGUCGGCACCUUUCUCGAGCAGAAGACGGCGCACGACGUGUGGCGCUGGCAGUCCGCCCGCGUCCUGGUCACGCUCCAGAUCCUGACGUCGAUGAUCGAGCACAAGGGCAUUGGUCGUGCCAGGAGCAACUUUGCGCUCAUCGCACCAUCGGUGCUGAGCAUUCUCCGCGAGAUCGUGGCCAACACGAACGACAUCAGUCUCAUUGAGGCCUCCACCAACACGUGGGAUGUCUUCUGCCGUCACCAAGACGUGGCCCAUCUCGCCGCCGACUCCGGCUACCGCGCUCUGUACGAGGAAGUAGUGCGCCUCUACGGCUCCCUGGCCAAGAACAACGCCAAAAAGCUGGGCAAGCUCACCACCAUUGUCGAACAACACGACGCUACUCGUAUGCGCAAAGCCGGAGUCGCUGCCAUCAAGAGCAUCUUCGCGACCACCGAGCUCGAUCACCAGUGGAACCGCGAGUACGAUGCAGCCUUCGCCGCAGUCCUGAGCAAUCUCCGCAGGGACUUGAACCGUGACGAAGAGCCACAAGACUACCUCAAACACCUCAUCACCCUCUUCAACAAGAGCGAGGGCGAUACCCAGCGCGCACCAAAUCUGCGCCGCUCAAGCACUGCCACCGUCAUUGUCCGCUCAUUCUCCGGACUACAAGACGAGGUCGAGACAGACCCUCGCGUGGCAGAGGGCACAGCACAAGAUGCGGAUCGUCUCGAGGAGGAGGAAGUCGGCAUACUCGCCCUCGAUUGUCUCAAGACGAUCUUUCAGUCUCAGAACCGCGCGCAGGCCAGAGGAGGGGCCAUUGCAUACAUGCGGUAUCUGGCCGACGAAGAACAGCGCUACAUUGCUGUUGGGAAGAUUACAAGUCUUGAGCAAUGGGCAGCCACACUUUUCCGUCUCAUCACCACCUGGACGCCGGUGCAUGACCGAUUCAUACUCCUGGUCACGGCGUCCGAAACCCUCGUCAGGCACCCACUCGAGAAGACACACAACUUCCGGGUCGCCUUCAUCUACGCCAAGGUCAUUCAGAGCGUCCUCCGCUCCGACCUCAACCUCAUCGGUCUGUCGGCCAUCGACAUCUUGCUCGCGUUGAUCAACCAAACCAUUCGACUUACAGCCCUCGCCGGGGCUCGUCCUGCGCAAAAUAUCGAACUCCACCGUGUUACGACAUACAACACAGAUUUCAAGCGCACUACCACCUCGUCGUCGCAAAAGCACGCAGCUGAAGAGUUGAUAACAUACCUCAAGGACUGCAUCGCCAACCUAGCCCGACACGUGUACUAUGCGAAUCAGGUUACGGACAUGAUCUCGUUCAUAAUAUUGCGAGUCCAGGCGACUGCGACGACGGUCAACGCAAGCAAAACCUCAUCCGAAGAGAGCCGCCCAGCUACCAAAGCGGAGGGCCAGGCGGAUGGGAAGGUGUCAAGUAACGACCUCGCAUCAUCAGCGGGUCGGCCACAGACGGAACCGAAGGCACACACCAACAUUCAGGUUCGUACCACCACAUUCAACACGGAGGCCGGGCGACAACUCGCGCUCGAAAUCAUCAAGGACAUCAUUGACGUUGCCAAAUCCUCACAACAAUUCUCCGCGGGAUCAGUGGUUAUCAAUCGUAAUAGGGUACCACUCGGAGUUUGGGAAGGCAGUCAAUGGUUGUCGCGCGACCCAUCAGAAGGGGUUCGCAAAGCAUACAAAGAAGCCCUCACCAUGUGGGCUCUGCAUGAAUCGGAGGAGGGCGAGAAAGCACUCGGCCUGAUCGACUUCGACUCCGAUGAUUGCAUCGAAAGACUGGCUGAGAAAAACAAGCCAGCGUCACUCCAGGGCAGCACGGGACAGAGUCACCGCAGUGCUCAUCCCCAGCUUCUGAUGCUGCCCAACACUGGAGUCGACCGUCGUAUGAGCUCGGCCAAGAAUUCGAGCAACGACACGGAGGAAGCGCCCAAGCCGCGCUACAGGUACGCUGAUCUCAAGGAGGUGAUUGAGGGCAAACGGUUCGUGCAACCAUUCAAGUCCAACGAUGACGAUGAGCCGUUGGACGUGAAGGCGCUGCUGGCUUCGAUUCCCAAGCCGAAACCCAAGCAGAUGCCCUUUAGCAUGGAACCGCCCAAUCACCGUCCGUAUUGA